ACGCUACAUUACAACUUUCCGGCACAUCUGUCCUCUUCAGGCUUCAGGCCCUCCCAAUCUCUCCGUCCCCGUCCCCGUCCCCAUCCCCAUCCCCAUCCCCUCUUAGACGCAGUAGGAGAAGCGUCUAGGAGUAUCAGUGUGGAUGUAUAGAUUGUACUCUUCCUCCCAUUCAUCAUUCAUCCCGCUCCCGCUCACUGUCACUGGUUAACCGCGAACACCAAAUCAGAGCGGACAGCUUCACAUUCUCAAACCCUAACCCCCCAAAUCCCAAUCUCCAGAUUCAGAUUCAUAAAACCCUUUCAAAACCACCCACCCGAUCGCCUGCCUCCAUUGAUAGAGAUAUUCUUUUUCCCAAUGUUCCCUUUCUCGUCUUCAUCAUCGUCUUCGCCAUUGCUGCCCACUCUCCUUCUCUUCUUGCUCUCUCUCCCUGUGCUUUUCCUUCUCGCUCCACGUAUCCUCCCGCCCCGCCCUCUCCCCCCAAUCUCCCUCCCCGACGACCUCGACGACCUCGCCCUCUUCCGCCGCGCCGCCGCCGCUGACACCCCUCCGCCGCACCCCCACCGCCGCCCCUCCGCCAAGACCCGCCUCGGCUCCACCAACCCCCGCCCCCCCAAAAUCGCCUUCCUCUUCCUCACCAAUUCCGAUCUCCACUUCGCCCCUCUCUGGCAACGUUUCUUUGCCAAUGGAUCCACCGCCCUUUACAACGUCUACGUCCACGCCGAUCCCACCGUCAGUAUCAGCCCUCCCGGCGGCGUCUUCACCGGCCGCUUCAUCCCCGCCAAGAGGACCCGACGCGCCUCCGCCUCACUGAUCUCCGCCUCCCGCCGCCUUCUCGCCCACGCCCUCCUCGACGACCCCCACAACGCCUUCUUCGCCCUCCUCUCCCAACAUUGCGUCCCGCUCCACUCCUUCGCCUACCUCUACAACACUAUCUUCCACCACUCCAUUCCCGAAUUAACUCGCCUGCGCAAGCUACAGCACCGCAGCUUCAUCGAGAUACUCUCGCAGCAGUCCUUUCUAUGGAAGAGGUACGUCGCCAGGGGGAAAUACGUGAUGCUUCCGGAGGUCCGGUUCGAUCAGUUCCGGAUCGGAUCCCAGUUCUUCAUUCUCGCGCGGCGGCACGCGGUCCUGGUGGUCGGAGAGCGGCGGCUCUGGAGGAAGUUCCAGCUGCCCUGUCUGGACACCGAAUCUUGUUACCCAGAAGAGCAUUAUUUCCCGACGCUGCUGUCAAUGGAGGAUCCGGAUGGCUGCACUAAGUAUACACUGACUCGUGUUAAUUGGACCGGAAGCACCGACGGACACCCAUAUAUGUACCGGCGGCCGGAGGUCUCACCACAGCUGAUUUACAAUCUUCGCCAGUCGAAUUUCUCUCCUUCAUACUUGUUUGCCAGGAAAUUCUCACCGGAUUGUUUGGACCCGUUGCUGGACAUCUCUGAUUCGGUCAUCUUCCGGGACUAGGAUCGGCAUCUGAUGAGGAAAAUGAGAGGAAAUUUUUCAAGUACUGGAAAAGGAUGAAUUCAAGGACAAGGAGGUUGCAAAGAGGCCACAAGAAGCCUUGCAACCCGAGAACCCAGAACUCCCAACUUAAGCAUGAGAACGGAUUUCGCUUUCUGAUGCCUAGUAGUUAGCAAUACGUUAAGGUAUAUUUGGUGUUGUAAUAUAUAUAUAGUGAUGGUGGCAGUAGUAGAAGUGGGUAAUGAUGAUCCUUUUAUUGUGUAUUUUGUACAUGUUGAUGUAUCAACAAGAGGCCAUUCCAUAUGACCGAACCCCCCUGGAGAGUUUAAUUAGCAGCUGCAAGUUUCAAUUGCCUUUUCAAUUGAAAGGUGGAUCUUGCCCUGCUUCUGAAAAUGAGGCAUCAAAGUCUUAAGGCUUUUUCCUUCCCCUUUC